UUAAAGCCGCCCCAGAGCUGAUAAUCAUCCACAAAAUCCAAGCAUAAUAUAAUGGAAUUUAAUUCCGUAAAUCAUUCGACUUUUCCUCCCGGCCUCUGCUAGCUGUUGAUAAACUCACCAACCAAUUUACAUUUAUAAGAAUUGCUUCAACUGUUGUGGAGUUGUGGGAAGUUGAAGAUGGAGAAUUCAGAGGCACCUAAGGUUUCUGAGAAGGGUGAAAGGCGUAAAGGGGGUCUCAUCACCAUGCCUUUUAUCAUAGCAAAUGAAGCAUUUGAGAAGAUUGCAGCAUAUGGGCUUAUGCCAAAUAUGAUUCUAUAUUUGGUGGGGUCGUAUCAUUUCAGUGUGGCCGGCGGCACAAACACUCUGUUUAUAUGGUCAGCCAUCUCCAAUUUCAUGCCGGUGCUCGGAGCUUUCAUCUCCGAUUCAUAUUUCGGCCGAUUCCUCGUCAUUUCCGUUGGCACUGCCACUGUUCUUUUGGGGCUUAUAGCACUAUGGCUAACAGCAAUAAUCCACGAGGCUCGACCUCUCCCAUGCGACCCACAAAUAGGGAAGUGCAUGAAGCCAAACGCCGGGCAGUACGCGUUCCUCUUCACGGCCUUCGCCCUACUCUCGAUCGGGGCGGGCGGGGUGAGGCCGUGCUCCCUGGCCUUCGGGGCCGACCAGUACGACAACCCCGAAAACCCUAACAACCAGAGAGUCCUCCUCACUUUCUUCAACUGGUACUACGCCUCCGUCGGAGUAUCCCUCAUGGUGGCCCUCACCGUCGUCGUCUACAUCCAGAACGAAUUCGGCUGGGUCAUCGGCUUCGGCGUCCCCGUCGCCCUCAUGCUGUUUGCCUGCCUCAUGUUCUUCCUCGGCUCCAAGCUCUAUGUUAAGGUCAAGCCCCACAAGAGCUUGCUCACCGGUCUCGCUCAAGUUCUUGUCGCCGCCUGGAAGAACCGCCGCCUCCCUCUGCCGUCCCAGGAUUCCGACAAGUAUUACCAGACAAAAGGAUCCAAGAUUAUGGAGCCGUCGCAAAAAUUCAGAUUGUUGAACAAGGCGUGCAUUUUAAGCAACCCUGAGAAAGAGGUGAAUGCAGACGGGUCGGCUUCGGAUCCAUGGAGGCUGUGCAGCGUGCUGCAGGUGGAGGUGCUGAAAUCACUGAUCGACUUGCUGCCGGUGUGGUCGGCCGGAAUCAUGAUCGCGGUGCUCAUAAACCAGCACUCGUUCCCGGUGAUCCAGGCCCUGACACUGGACAGACGCCUCGCCGGAAACUUCAAGAUCCCACCGGGCUCCUUCGGCAUCUUCUCCGUCAUCGCCCUCACGCUUUGGGUGGUCCUCUACGAUCGCGCCAUCGUCCCUCAAAUCUCCAAGUACACCAACAACCCCCGCGGCAUCGGCGUCCGGGCCCGCAUCGGGGCGGGCCUCUUCAUUUCGUGCAUCGCCACCGCCACCGCCGCGCUGGUGGAGCGGAAGCGGAGGGCCGCCGCGCUCCAGCAGGGACUCGCCGAUCAUCCUAAGCAACAGGUGGACAUGACGGCGAUGUGGCUGGUGCCGCAGCACGCGCUGACGGGGCUGUCGGAGGGCCUGAACGCGAUAGGGCAGAUCGAGCUGUACUACUCGCAGUUCCCCAAGAGCAUGGCGAGCAUCGCGGUGGCGCUCUUCUCGCUCACCCUGGCCGUGGGGAACUUGGCGGGGAGCGUGAUAGUGAGCGUGGUGGAUUCGGCGUCGCGGCGAGGCGGAGGAGAGAGCUGGGUUGCGGACAACGUCAACAGGGGCCACUACGACUACUACUAUUGGGUUCUCACCAUUUUAAGCGUUGUGAAUUUGAUAUACUUCAUCUUGUGCAGCCGCUUCUACAAGUGCUUCGAGAAUGAGAGGGUUUGGGAUUUGGAUGCGGUGGAGCUGCACGACAAACCCCACACUUCAACAUAUUUGUCUGCAUAGACAUUAUUCCUUUUUCUGUCUCAUAUAUAUUACUCCAUCAAUUUCAAUAAGCUAAGUGAUUAUAACAAGUCCGUCGCAGUAUUGUGAUGACAAGCUAGGACUUGCCUUGUAAAAUUUAGGGAAUAGGACUAUAUAUAAUAAUAUUAUACCUCACAAAAGUAUUUGUUUGUUUUC